AUGUUUUCUCUACGUCGUAGUCAGACAGCCAAACGAUUUAUCGCCUACCAAAAUAGCUUCGGUAUUGCACUUUUCAUUACAAUAUGUUGUAGUGCUGGUGCACCGACAAUCAUUUCUGGCUUUCGAGAAUUGUACAAAUCACAUACAUUUGUUCCUGGUCUACAAUGCCAAGUAAAAGCCAUCGAUAUAAAAAAGGACGUAUUUACAUUUUACCUUCAUUGGAAUGUUACAACAUUUUAUGGCAAUCAAACAAAAGAUCGCAGGAUCAGCUUUAUCAUAAACUUUUCCGAAAAAAAGGCAUCGACAACAGCGAAUACGUUUUCAAUAAAUGAAACAUAUCCGUGUUUUUGUGCACGAGUUGAUAUAUCUGUUAUUCAAUGGAAUUGUCAGUGGAGACAACCAUCGCUACCUUUUGCUGUCGUUUAUCUUGUUAUGGGAACAUUAUGUUUAGUUUCGGGUGUGUGUAUGAAAAUGCUUAGAAAACGUUUUAAAAAAGAAUUACAAACUGAACAAUCCACAGGAUAA